UGACAGUGUCGGCUCCAAGAAAGUAGAAACCCAUAAUUAGCUUCUUUUUUUUUCUCCACAUAUCUCUAAUCGUAGAUCCACCGGAGAAUCAAUCCAUCCUAGUGUCAAUGUCGACUCCCGAAACCGCCGUCAGAGGAUCGAUCACUCACGUCAUCUUCGACAUGGACGGUCUUCUUCUCGACACGGAGAAGUUUUACACUGAGGUACAGGAGAUCAUACUUGCUAGAUUCAACAAGACUUUUGAUUGGUCUCUCAAGGCUAAGAUGAUGGGAAGAAAAGCUAUUGAAGCUGCCAGGAUCUUUGUUGAUGAAACUGGGAUCAGUGACUCUCUUUCAGCUGAGGACUUCCUUGUCGAGAGAGAGGCCAUGUUGCAACAACUCUUCCCUACUAGUGAGCUUAUGCCUGGGGCUAGCCGGCUCAUCAAGCAUCUCCAUGCUAAGAACAUUCCUAUUUGUAUUGCUACGGGUACUCACACACGUCACUAUGAUCUAAAAACACAAAGACACAAGGAGCUUUUCUCACUGAUGCAUCACAUAGUUCGCGGUGAUGAUCCUGAGGUUAAGCAAGGAAAGCCUGCCCCUGACGGUUUUCUCGCUGCAGCUAGGAGGUUUGAGGACGGUCCUGUUGACCCACAAAAGGUUCUGGUAUUUGAAGAUGCUCCUUCUGGAGUUCUUGCUGCUAAAAACGCUGGAAUGAACGUGGUGAUGGUGCCAGAUCCUAGACUAGAUAUCUCUCACAUUGACGUUGCAGAUCAAAUCUUGAGUUCACUAGUCGAUUUCAAACCAGAAGAAUGGGGUUUGCCUCCAUUCGAGGAUUCAAACUAAAGCCUUCUUCAAAGGUAAUGAUAACAAGUCAGAAAUCAUGAAUGUGUGAGAGUGAGAGAGCGUGAUUGUUUGUCUUUUUAUAUACUAUUUGUUUUGGCACUUAUAUGACAAGGCCAUGAGGUUGUAUGUCGUCAAGGGUUAUGAUGUUUUCGCUAUUGAAGCAGCCAAAAAAAACAGAAACUAAGUUUGUGACAUGACAAGAGACCAAACAAAAAACUGCCUUAGCGUUUAAACAAAACUUUUGUACAAACUCUUCCUCUCAAGUCCAUACAUUGGCUUGUUUUUGUCGGUUGCUGGAUUGAUUUCUUCUUCUUUAUGGUUGGAAUCUCCGUUCUCUACGCAUCACUAAUAUGUGUCAUUU